AAGCGCUUGUCUGCCUAAUUCAAGCUUCCACAAGACCGGAGCGACACUUUAACUGCGGCGCUAUUCUUAACUUGAAGACUACCCCACGGAGUGAUAAAUGCGGAGAUUUACCAUUGUAUUAAAACGUAUCAAUGUAUAUAUAAAAUAAUUUAGCUUCGGUAUGAUACCUCCUUCGAAGUAUUUGUUGGUGAGAUAUUUAACAACUAGACUACAUAGAUAAAAUGUGCCGUUGACACAGAGUAUAGUUUCAAAUGGAAUAUCCUAAACUCCGUUGGUGAACACUAUCAAUUAAGAAAUGACGGACACGAAUAUAAAAAGGAGAGUUACGAAAGACAGCGAGGAGAAGAGUGAAAGUAACGCGAACAGUAAGGACGAUGAAAAUUUGAUGCAAAACUGGAGUUUAACUUUCACGGAAUAUGCUGUAAAUAAUCAGUAUCCUGGAGAAUUUGGAGUGAAAGGCAUGGACAAUAGUCCGGAACACAGCUCAGAACACCUCCGAUCAUCCCGUCCACCCGACGGUCGGGGUUACCAUCUUGAUACUGGUAGACAACCAAAUAAUCUAGUCGAUCCUGUACAAAUACACGGAAUAUUCCAAGCUGGGAGGCAGUCAGAGAACACAAAUGUUGCUACUGAAAAGAUUGACGUUCAGCUGCCGCAAGCAGAACAAUUAAGUGAAGAUAAACAGUCUGUCAGUAUUGAAGGAAAAGCCAUGAGUAUUGCUAGGUCACGUGACAAAACUAGUGCACGGACGCGAGAGAGAAACAGUGCACAGCUUAAGAAAAGUGAAAACGCCUCAGUUAAAAGUAAUAGGGAAAGUCCUUCUGAGGAUAUGUCCGAAAAGAAUUUACGUGAUUAUCAUGAACGCUUUCAAGGCAUUCAAACGGGUCAAAGACAUGGAGACCUUAGUGUGCAUUCUGUGUUGCCUGCUAUAGGUAAUCGACAAAGUUCAAGAGAAAAACCGGAAAUAAUGCGGGUCGGCAGACGUUCACAGGCGGGAAAUAUACGAAACACUCCUCCGCCGAAAAAAGAUGGUUACGGCGGCAAAGUUCAGCCUAUUUAUGUAAGGCUUCCUGGACAACGAACCGGUCAAAUGAUGUUCGCGGAAAUGAACCAGCAGUCAGGUCAAGUCCGGAUUGUUGGUCGGGACAAGGAGAAGGAAAUGCUGGCGCGACUGGCAUGGUUACUGCUAGAUGCCGGUACAUCCGCUCUCCGUGCCACGUUCGAUAGCAUACAUCCGCCUCUCAAUCUGCGGGAACACUUGAGACAGUCGCACGUGAAACCCGUGCUUCAGAGACUCAUGCAACAGGCAAUUCUAACAGACAAACAAUGGCAACUUUUAUAUCCGGUCAAGAAGAAACACGUGUCGUCACAGAAAUAUGACAGCAGAACUUUGAUCAUCCUCCUUGAGACAAUCUGCCAUCUUUGUCCACCAUACCCUCAUGGCUGGGGCAAGGAACCACUCCCUAAAGACGGGUCACUAAGUGCAGAUAUAGUUCGUCUGCAGCUUCUUUUCCAAGACAUUGCAAGACGCGAGGCUAUAGCUGGAGAAGCAUAUGUUCCGUGGUUUAUUCAAAUUCGUGACGUCAUCGUGCGUCUUGGAGGUCCUCCAAUCAGAAUCAAGAUAACAAGAAUAGAGUCUGAGAUGAUAAAUUUAGACAUGCAGCAACAUUACAUUCAGACGCUCAGAGAAACAUGGCAGCCGGACGUUAUACAGAAACUUGAGAAGGUGCAUGAAUUUCGCACCAAGACGUCAAAGGUCAGAAAAGCGUAUGCUAAUUCAAAAGGAGUCGAAGAAGGACUUUCACCAGAAGAUAGGGCAACAUUAAAGAAGACGUAUAAACUUCUGGUGGAGAAUGUACAAGCAGAAGAUGUUAUAGAUCGUCUGCAGCAGUCACAGGUCAUCAAGUUCUCCGACAGACAGGAAGUGCUCAGCGUCUCUAAGAAACAAGAACGCAUGCAGAUGCUUUUAGAUAAGUUGGCAGAUUCCAAGCUACCUUAUGCACUAAAGGCUUUAUUUGAUGCAAUGAAGUUUAAAUACAAAAAGUUAUACGAGCACGUGAUGGCCAUUAGAAAGCAGACGUACAAAGAAGGCGUGGUCAAUACAAUAGAUGUGUCCGGCAUUGUUCACGAGGCUCUCGUCAGUCAUUAUAAGACGAAGUUUUCACGUGUUUAUCCUUUCCCUUGGAGUGAUAAUAUUCAUGGAACCAUACGAGAUAUAUACACGCCAUUAGAAAUUGUUGACAGUAACGGUCACAAACUCCACAGCAAUGAAUUACUUCCGGCCCCUUGUCCAGCUGGAUCCGGUCGCGGAAACCGAAUAAUGCUUGAAGGAACAAGCGGAAGUGGAAAAUCUGUCCUUUGCGCGUGGAUCGCAUACACGUGGGCAACACAUCCGGACUUCUUUAAGAACAAGUUCAAACAUCUGUUAUAUUUGAAUUCAUCUUCAAUGGAGGGUAAUUUGGAAACCGCUGUGUACAAAAGUCUGUUUCCGGACAAUUUUAAAAUUAGCAUCAACGAAUUUUGGAAUAUGUUGGAAAGUAGAUCGAGCGAAGUUCUAGUCAUAAUUGACGAUUACGACAAAGGUCAAAACGUAGAUUUGACCAGCCUCAUUUCCGGUUCAAGAUUGAGAGAAGGUACCAUUCUGAACGCAGUCAAUCCAGACUUUGUUCAAAACAAUUCAUUGACACCGGAUAUAAAAUGGUUCAAUUUAGGCUUUAAUGAAAUUCAUAUCCGCAGGUGCUUCCGUAACUGUGUGACUUUGUCCGAGUUAGAGCACGAGGACUUUGAGAAGUUAUAUCAUCUGGCUGGUAGAGAGUCUUGGCCCCUUCGUCAGCACCUUGUAAACCCCAUGCUUGCUGUUACAGCUUUUGGGGUUUUCAGUGUGCUUCGGAAGGGAACAAUGUUGAAAGAAAUGAAAACUACCUGCGACUUACUGCAAAAAGAAAAAAUUAGACAAUUUGCUUAUGUUGUUUUUGAUGGGGAAAAAAAUGGGAACUUUACCGAAGCAGACGUCAUACAGGAAACGAAGGAUCCGAUUGUUCUUAAAUUUGGUGCUUUUAGCAAGUUUACACAGGGGUCAAAGUUGAAAUUCUCAUGCGGAAUAUCUGCUGAUUUUCUGGCAGCACGUCAUAUUGCUGACAUGGUCUAUGACGACAUUGAAACCACAAUCUUAAAGAAUAAAAUGGUCAAAUUUUCCAGAUACGCUCAGAUGAUGUCAUUCUUGUAUGGACAGUACCGGGACGAUAUUGACACCCAGAUUCUCCAGUCACUAUUUGAUCAACUUGCUGCAAGAAACGAAUAUUGUAUCCGGGGAUUCCAUUUACCAGCCCCGUCAUUGAGCACGCCUACCGGAAGUGAGGGCAAAGUGAAGGUACCACGUGGUGUUCUUCAAGAUUUCGCCACUAGUUUGCAAUGUCUCGCAGAAUGUCCAGAAAGACAGGACGUCAUUUGCACCAUCACUCAAUCGCUCCCACUAAGGCUGAUCAUCAAGAUGGACUCUAUGUUAACAAUCAAGUGUGUACAGGGCCUCUGUUUGUGUCUGGAAAACAACGAGUGUGUCGUACAAGAGUUAGAAAUUGAAGUACACCAGUAUCAUCAUUUUGAGAUGCCGCUGCUACUUCGUCUAGCAAAGUCUUUCAGUAAAUGUUCGAACCUACACUCUGUCAAAAUCACUUGGUCGUCAUUAGAUGUGAUGGCGAAAUUUCUGGCCCAGUUAAUGGACAACAAUCAAGCAAUCGACACUGUUGUACUAACUGAAGACCUCAGCAGGAAUCCGGUUAAUGUUAAACAGAUUUCAGCGGUGACUUGGGCGGCGCUUCAGUCCGCUUGUACUAGCAUGACAUCGGUUGAAAAUCUGUCAUUCUUGUCUUGUAGAGUGACAGCCAUUGUAAACCACGUAUUACAGUAUAUGCCAACAACCAUUGCGCAUGUCAACCUUACAGGAUGUGCCUUGAACCUGAUGUGUGCGGGUCAGAUAGCGAGCUAUCUCCAUGGUAACACAGAUAUACGUUUGUUUGAUGUUAGCUACGCAAACAUUAACAGUAGUGAGUUUGUAGCUAUAUUUCAAGGCAUGCAGAUGUGUGAAGGUAUUCAGACUGUGCGUGUGCGUGGGGCACGCCUCGACCGACCGUGCGUUAUCGCUCUGGCGGAAUACAUCAAACUUACACACUCUCUACAGGUCAUUGACCUGAGUGAUAGCGAACUUAAUACGGAGAUGUGCACGAGACUUGUCACAGCAAUUAAACAGAACAGAACAUUACAGAAACUUGUGUUCAAUAACACGAGAAUAACAGUUGAAGGGCGUAGAGUUAUUGCAAAAACAAAGUCCAAGGUUCAACGAGUGUAUGUGGAAGGUUUAGUCCCUAUCUACGGUUAAACGGAAACAAACGAGAGCACAAGAAUCUGCUGCUUGGUUAAAAAUAACUAAUUACUGAACUAACUGAAUAUUUAUAGUUUGAAUCUAUGACAUACCAGUAUAAAGUGAGAGCUUAUUAAAUUACCUAAUGAAGCCUUCCAUCAACCUUGACCCCUCAAUAUUAUACAUGUAAGUAUACACAUGUAUAGGUCGUCUUCAUAUAUUUCUAUUCUAAAAUGUAUGUUCCUUUGGACACAUUCAAAGUUGAUUUUAAGUUUUUAAGGUUUUAGAUGUAAGAGCGCAUUUUCAGUAAUAUUUGCCAC